CGGAAGUGAAGGCCAAGGCCAGUCGACAGGAGACGCUUCAGACGGCUGGAAGGGAAUUUUCACUCAGCCUGUCACACAGAGAUUUGAGAGAGAAAAAGAAAGCCAGCCGCGCUCACGUCUGAAGGUUUGUUCAUCCUGUACGGGCCAGCUCUCCAUCUUUUUCUCUCCCUUUCUCAGCCUGAUUCUCUCUGCCUCCUCUCCUCACUCCUGUCCUCCUCUGAUCUCCAUUGAUCCUGGUUCAGGUCCCCUUUCCCACUCAGAUCGAACCAGCCUUCUUUUUAUCCUCUGUCGCAUGGCGGGGCGAGGUGGAACAGCGCGGACCAAUGGUGCCGCCCCCGUCGGGAACAAAAUCUGCCAGUUUAAACUGGUCCUACUUGGAGAGUCGGCCGUGGGCAAGUCCAGCCUGGUGCUGCGCUUCGUCAAGGGUCAGUUCCACGAGUACCAGGAGAGCACCAUUGGAGCUGCAUUCCUCACACAGACAGUGUGCCUGGAUGAUACAACAGUAAAGUUUGAGAUUUGGGACACAGCCGGACAGGAGCGAUACCACAGCCUCGCCCCUAUGUACUACAGAGGAGCCCAGGCGGCCAUUGUCGUUUACGACAUUACUAACACAGACACAUUCACUAGAGCAAAGAACUGGGUCAAGGAGCUGCAGCGUCAGGCAAGUCCAAAUAUCGUCAUCGCUCUUGCCGGUAACAAGGCAGACCUGGCCAACAAGAGAGCCGUUGACUUUCAGGAGGCACAGGCAUAUGCUGAUGAUAACAGCCUACUGUUUAUGGAGAUGUCUGCAAAGACUGCCAUGAAUGUGAAUGAGAUCUUCAUGGCAAUUGCCAAGAAGCUUCCGAAGAAUGAACCACAGGGCGGGGCAGGGAGUGGCGGACGGGCUCGGGGAGGUGUUGACUUGCAGGAGGCAGCACCUCAAGGAAGAAGCAGCCAAUGCUGUGGAGGCGGGAACUAAGCACUGGACCAAUCAGCUGGCAGAUGCACCCAAGAACUGAUACAGAUACACAAACAUAGUAUGAACCCAUAGUGUGAGAUCCAUUCACUUAUUACCCAGCUCUAAACUAUGGCCAGCUAGACUGUAACAUACAGGCCAGCAGUUUCUACUUCGGAACUGGAAAAGCGGCCCAUCGAUACCCCUUGUAAAUCAACACAUUAAUCAUUCAACCAGUUAUACCUCCUAACAAUACAGGCAAAUAGAUAUAUACACACACAGAAGCUACGACAUGUGUCUGCCAGCUAUGAUUUCAAAGUCAGUUUAUUUGUCUUGUUUAGAGUUUUGACUACAAAAAACAUUAUGGAACAAGGAGAAAAAUGUGAUCAGUUCUUACCAAUCACACUUAAACAAAAGCUUUGGUAUUCUCUUUUCAUCAAAGAAGUUGUAACUACUGCUGGUGGGGAAAAUAAGUCUUCUCUCCUUUGUACAGUAUUUCCUUGGCCUCUCAUUUGCUCUUGUUUGUAUGAAAAAUUCAGUGGUGAGGCCACUAUUUAAACUUGCUCUCCCUUUUAGUGGAUGCAUACUGCCAGUAUUGAGUUACACCUCAUCUUCUGCUCUCCUUGAUCACAUCCCUUCUUUCUUAAGAAACUAUGUUUGAUGGAGAGGGGGACAAAUUGGGAAAUGAGAGGACAGGCUAUUUUCCAUCGAUGUCCAGUGCUUCUGUAGAUUCUGUAUUUUUCUUUUGUAUUAGUCACUCUGACAUCCACUACUCCAGCACAAAUUAAUUAAUUUUAUGAUUUGAUAGGCUAGACUUCUUUCUAAUCAUUUACAUAUAUCUACUUGUAUACCUAUAGUGCAAUAACUGGUGGUUUAACUCCAUUGUAGUGUGUUUUUCUUUGCAUUAAUGAAACAAAACAUGAAAUCAUUCAGACAUGGAUUAAAUAUAUAUGAAUGACAAAAUCAGCCUCCUCUGACCAAAUUCACAAUUACUGAUGUUGCUGUAUUUGUGCU